AUGAAGUGCUACAACAUACAUAUCGAAAGUUCUGUAGAAAAUUUGUUGAGUAAAUUAAAGGAGAAGAAGAAAAGAUUGAAAGGAAAAAAAGAUAUAAUAAAUGAUGUUGAAUAUUAUAUUGGAAUUUUAUCUAAUAUUAAUUUAAAACAUGUAUAUAAUGAGAAUUACAAAUUAAUAGGAAUGAUUUUAAAAAUUCUUGUGAAACAUAAAAUAUAUGUCGAGACUAUUAUAUUAGAUAGGUUAUUACAAUGUUUAAAUUUAAAAACAAUUUUAGAAAAAGAUAAUAAAAUAAAUAUAAGAAAUAUUAAUAAUAUAUUAGUUCUAAUUAAUAAUAAUGAUAGUGUUCAUUUUAAUUCCAACAAUCUAUUUAAUAUAAUAUAUGAUACAUGUAUUAUGUUGAUAGAUAUUUUUGCAGAGAAUAAAAUAUAUUCUGAUGAGAAGAAAUCAUUUUAUACUUUAAAUAUGGAAAAAGAAGACGAGGAAAAUAUAAAAAGUGAUACAAGUAGUAGUGUAGAUGAUGAUAUAAAUUAUAAAACUGAUGAUGAUAUAAAUUAUAAAAGUGAUGAUAGUAUAAAUUAUGAUACAGAUGAUAGUAUUAAUUAUAAUACUGAUGAUAGUAUUAAUUAUAAUACUGAUGAUAGUAUUAAUUAUGACACAGAUGAUUCAUGUUCUGAUGAUUAUUCAGAGAAUGAUUCUUUUAAUACAAAAAAGAGGAAAAAAAAUAUACAUGUUCUAACAAGUGACAUGAAUAAUAAUGAUGUCUUUAAAUUAGAAAAGCACACAAAAUAUAAUAAGAAAAGAAAAAUUGAAAACAAAAUGUUUGAAAUAAAAAGUUCAAAUUAUAUAGAAUAUCAUAUAGAAAAACUUUAUAAUAUGAUUAAUUAUAUAAAUAAUAUGUUUACUUUAUAUUUAAGAAAAUUUAAUAGUCCUAUUAAUGAUAUAAAAAUAUAUGCUUUUUAUAAUAAUUUAUUUGCUCUAUAUAGUUAUGUUCAUGAUUAUAUACACAGAAUAAAUAACUUAUCAAUAUAUAAUAAUAAUAAUAAUAAAAAAAAAAACAAACGUGAAAUAAACGACAUUUAUAAUAUUUAUAAUAUUUAUAAUAUUUAUGUUAUUCUUAUGAGACAAUUAUAUUUGUUAAAAGAAAAUAUAAAACAGUUUAUUAUAUUAACCAUAAAAAAUAAUAAUAUGAGUUAUUUUAAAAAUGUACAGAAUUUAUUUAAUAGUUGUAAAGAUAAAUUAGAAGUGAAUUAUUCAUUUUUCCAAUUUUCAGAGAACGAAAAAUUAUUAGAAAUAUUAUAUAUUAUAAUUAAUAAAAUAUCAAAUAAAGAGAAUUCAUUUUAUUUACAUAUAAUGAACAAUAAUAAUUUUAAAAAUAAGAAUAUUAAUAUAAAUAAAAAUAAGAGGGAAAAACUUCUCUUUUAUAUAAAAAAUGAUAAAGAAUUAAAUGAUAAGUAUGCUUUUUUAAAUAUUUUAAAGAUAAAGGGAUGUAUAAAAAUAAUGACUAUAAUAAUUAAAUAUUAUUUAAUUAAGUAUGAUAGUGAUAAUUUAAAUUUUUUACAAAAUUAUUUUCUUAUAUUUUUAUUAAUACCACAUUUUGAAUUGUCUAUAUAUAAAAAUGUAUUGAAGAAAGAAUAUAUAAAAUUAUUUCAAUUUGGUCACAUAAUAGAUGGCAAAGCGAACAAUAAAAAGGAUAUCAAUAAAAAAAAACACAAUCGUGUCAAUAUUAAUCAUGAUGAUGUUAAUCAUGAUGAUGUUAUUCAUGAUGAUGUUAAUCAUGAUGAUGUUAAUCAUGAUGAUGUUAAUCAUGAUGAUGUUAAUCAUGCCUAUGUUAGUGAUUAUGAUGAUGAUCUUCAAACUAAUGAGAAUAAACGUCCACCUUGUAAUGAACAAGAAAAUUCAAAAUUCAAUAUUCAUAAGAAUCAUUCUUUAUAUUAUCAAAAAUUAAAAUUUAAAGUUGCUUAUUCUUUAUGUCAUUUCGAUGAUGAAGUUACCAUAUAUACUAACAAAGAAAUAUUUAGUAAUAUACACAUAUUAGUUGAAUAUUCUAGAUUAAUAUAUAAAUAUUUACAAUAUAUAAAUAAGAAAAGCAACACAAAAAACCAUUCCUUCUUGUUUAUUAAUUUGUCUUAUUUUAUUAAAUAUAUUUUUGAUUGUGUUACUAACAUAUAUUUUUCUCAGUCAUAUUUAAAUAAUAAUAAACCUGGAAUAAAAGAAUGUAAUGAGAAAAUAAUAGACAACAAAUUAGAUAAUUAUUAUGAAAAUAAUUUAUACAUAGUAGGAAAACCAUAUAUAAUAUUUUAUAAUUCCAAGUUGAAGAAUAUAUUUAGUACACUUAAUAAUAUAAAAAAAAAAAAAUAUAAAAAUAUUUAUAAAAAAAAUGAAAUUCAAGAUGACAACAAUAAUAAUAAUAAUAAUAAUAGUAACAAUAAUAAUAAUAGUAACAAUAAUAAUAAUAGCAACAAUUAUGGUGUAGUUCAUUUAUUUUGUAUGUUAAAUAAAAAAAAGAAAAAGAAAAAUGUAAUAAAUAUAUAUUUAAAUUAUUUAAUAUUUACAAAUCAACUUAAUUUAAUUAAUAUAAUAAAUUUUGAAAUAAAUCCAUGUACAUUUAUAUUUUCAACACUUUUUUCAUUUAUUAAAAGAAUUAACGAGAAUUCUUUUUAUUCCAAGUUAAGUACAUUCAAGAAUUAUCAAGUAUAUAAUUUUACAAAUCAUAUAAUAAAUAAUAUUUUAGAAAUAUAUAUAAAUAUAUUUGAAAUAAAUGGUUUUUUUAAUUUCAUACAUAAAUAUAUAGGAAAUUAUAAUGCCCCAUAUUUAAGACAAAUUCAUUUUUUAUUUACUCCUAUAUAUAUAAAUAUAUUUAAUAAAUAUAUGCAUAAAUUCACAGAUAAAUAUUCUUCCUUUCUAAUAUGCUUUAUUGAAAUAUAUAAAUUCCAUAUAAAUGAAUUUAAUAAAUUACAUGAAAAAAUAUUUUUGUCAUUAAAAAAUAACGAACAAGUAUGUAGUACGAAUAAAUGUUUUAAAAUAGAAUGGGAUCUUACUCUAAAACAUCCAAAGAAAUGUAAUAAUAAAAAUGAAUUAAAUAGUAGUAAUAAUGUAAUAGAAAUAAAUGGUUAUAAUUAUUCAAUAUCUCAAUUAAUUCAAAGAUAUCAAGUUAUGUAUACAAAUCUUGAAACAUUGGAAUAUAUUUUUUGUUGUUAUCUAAGAUGUACUUAUAAAAAUUAUAUUACAAAUAAUUUAUUAAAUAAUAUUCAAAAUAUAUCAAAUUUAUAUAUUCAAAAAAAACAAAACAUACUUGCAUUUCAUGAAUAUGUUAAAGGAAAUCUUAUUAAUAUGAAAUAUUAUAAUUUUUAUUAUAGCUUAUAUGUAUAUAUAUUUUUUAAUUAUACUAUAUCAAGAUUAGCUUUAUAUUCUUUAUUAAAUGAACAAAUAAAUGUAAAACAAACUAGCCAAAAUGUGCAUAUUAUAAUUAGUAAGUUGCAAAAUUGUUUUGUAGAUAUACAACUUAUGUAUGACCAAUGUGUGAAAGAGGAAGCUGUUUAUAAAUUUUUUGACAUCCUACAAGUGACCUUAGAAACGUUAUACUUUUAUAUAUAUUUCUCUGAUUUGCACAUCAUGGACAAGGAUGCUAUAAUAAAACAUUUUAAACAAAUAAUCGGAGUGCUACAAAAGAACGCCCUAGAAGAAUACUCGUAUGUUAUUAAAAAGAGGAUAUAUAAACAUAUCUCUUAUUUCUUUAUUUAUAACUAUAAAUUUUUGAUAAAGAUAUUUAAUGAUAAAGAAGAAGAUAUAGAAAAUAUUUAUGUUCAAAUUAUAAAAACCUUAUUUAUUGAUAUAAAUAUUAUAAAAAAUGAAAAGAGCUAUUUAUUUUUUUAUGAACUAUAUAUAAACAUAAAGGAAAAUCAAAAACUAUCACAACUACUUCUAGAACUUUUUACAUUACAUUAUAUUUUAAUUAUAAACAACUUAGAGAAUGAAAUAAUGGAUGCACAAGAAAAAGAAAAAAAAAAUAAUAGAAAAAUAUAUAGAAAAAAUAAUUAUCAUAAGAAUAAAAAGAAACAAAUUGAAAAAAUAAUUCAAAAUAUGAACAAUAAAACUGAUCACAAUUUUGAUGAAAAUAAAAUUGAAUAUAUUAAAAAAAAAAAUAUAUCUAUGUCUUUUGAUAAUUAUAUAAAUGUGUUAAUAAAUCAAAAUAAUUAUUAUAUGUACACAAAUAAUUAUUAUGAAGUUUUUAAUAUAUAUCAAAAAAUUAUUCUCAAAAAUAAUGUGAAUGAUAAUUAUGAAAAUAUAAUGAUACAUAUAUUUUCAAAUAAUAAUAAUAUUAAUAAUAUGUAUUAUAUGAAUAAAUAUGACAUGAACUCAUAUUAUUAUAAUACAAAUAAACAAGAUUAUGAUAACAUUAAUAUAGAUGUAUGUAUGUUAAGUAAAUUUUUUGUUUUAUUUAAUAAUAUUGAAUAUAUACAAGAGACAUUAUAUACAUUACUUUGUAAAAUAUUUGAUAAUUUUGAAAAGUAUAAUAUUUAUUUUGAAUAUAUAUUAAUAAAUAUAUUAUUAUGUUUUAUUAAUAAUUUAAAAAAUAUAGAAAGUUGUAAGAGGAAAAUAAAUAUAGAGACAUUUAUUAAAUUUUCCAUUUUUAUAUUUAAAAAACAAAAAGGUUGUUUUAAUAAUAAUGACACACAAAAUUAUAAAAAUAAAUUAGUUUUAAAGUUAUUCUUCCAUAUAUUUUUUCUUUAUAUAAAUAUAUAUUAUGAUGAACAAAAUAUUUAUAACAAUGAAUCAAACCAAUUUAAAGAUGAUAAUGAAGAAAAUAAUUUGAACAAUGUAAAAAAAAAAAAAAAAAAUGUUCAUAAAAAAAUAAAUAAAUCAAAAAUAAUCAGGAAAAAAUUAGAAACAUCUUUUCAUUUUUUUAUUAAAUAUUUUUUAUUAACACACAAUAUAAUUAUGAAUGAAGAAGAUAAUAAACAAACAGUUAUAACUGAUGAAAAUAUAACUUAUUUAUUAAAUAAUAUUAAAAAUAUAAAUUCUCAUACAAAUAAUAAUGAUAGUCAAAAUAAUCAUGAUUCAUUUUUAAAUACUGAAACAAAUUGUGAUAAUGAAUUAUUAAAUAAUUUCAAAUGUUUUCUUCAAGAAAUUAUAAUUAAUAGUAGUGAACAGAAGAAUCACAUUAUCAUACAAACAAAUAGAUUCUUUUUAGAUUUAAUAGAAUAUGUAUUUUUUUCAUUUCCAAUGGAUAUAGAAAAAAUUCAGAAAAUAAAUUAUAAUACAAAAGUCGCACAUGAAAUGAUGCAUAUCUUUAAUAAUAACGACAUUCAGCAAAUAUUACUUCAUACUCAUAAAGAAUAUAAACAUUUCAUUUAUAUUAUUUAUAUUUUAAACGUUUUUAAUAUGGACGAUAAAGUGCACAACACAAAAAAUAAAAAAGAUAUUAAAGAGAAAGGUAAGAAGAUUAAAAAGAAAAAGAGGGAAGAUGAAAGUGAUAAUGAACCUAUUAAUAAUGAAGAAUCUGUUAAUAAUGAUGAAUCUGUUAAGAAUGAUGAAUCUGUUAAGAAUGAUGAAUCUGUUAAGAAUGAUGAAUCUGUUAAGAAUGAUGAAACUAUUAAAAAUGAUAAAUCUAUUAAGAAUGAUAAAUCUAUUAAGAAUGAUAAAUCUAUUAACAGUGAUAAAAUAACUUCUAUUAAAAAACCCAAAAGGAAUAUUAUUAAUACAUUCAAUUUAAUUCUGUUUAAUAAUCUAUUUUUCUAUAAAAAUAGUAGUGGUGUUAUUAGUUCAGUGGAUCCAGAUAAAGCAAACUCAAUUAUAAUUUACGAUUUUAUUUUUAAUUAUAACAAAAUUUUAGUUGAAUGUAAUAAUAAAAAUAUGGUAUAUUUUUGUUUAAAGUGUAACGAUAUAAUAAAAAGAAUUGUUACUUUAUUAGAUUACACAGCUGAAGAUGUAGAGCAUAUAUUAAAAUAUAUAGAUACACAAAUAUCUAUGACAUAUAAGGACCAUGUUGAUAUGAAGAAUUUUUUUUAUAUAUGUAAUAUUCAUAUAAUAACAUUAAUAUAUAUAAUUUCUAAUAAUAAGAAAUUCUUAUCCCAAAUAAUUCUUAUGAAACAUAAAUUAAACAAUAUUUUAUAUUUUAUAAAUAUCUAUUUUCAUCUUAAUGAAUAUAUACAAAUAUAUUUGGAGAAUCUAGAUGAAUUUAAAAAUUCUCAAGAGCUUUUUCUAUUACUUCAUCUUAUGUAUAAGUUGUCACAACUUUUUACAUAUUUUUUUGUUAAGUUGAAAUUGUCUUCAACAGAUAAUAAAUAUUCAAAGAUACUAAUUUUUGUGACCAACUAUUGUAACCUUUUGAUGAAUAUCAUGGAUACACUAAAAAAGCAUAUAAUAAAAAGUAAUGAUAUAAAUGAAACGAAAGCAGCAUAUAAACAUUACAUAACUCAUUUUUAUAUUUUAAAUAACUCCAACAUAUUGGAAAAGAAGAAAUUUUAUUUAUAUUUACUGGGUCAUCAAUUGUAUAACAUCCUUUAUGAAUUCUUCAAUAUAAAAAAAAACGAAAAAAUUGUAAAAUCACAAAAAACAGUUAUUGAAGUUAUGAAAAAGAGUGGAUAUGCAAUAAAAUUUUUAUGUUCUUAUUUGGACUGUGUCCUAUACCUUGGUAACAGGAUAAACAAACUAUUAUUGAGAAAUGUUUACUUUUUUAUGAAUUUUUUAAAAAAUAAUAAGAAUACCUUGAAAUUAGCUAAUGUCAUAUUUCCAAUAUUAAUUAAGAUAGUUGAUAUUUAUGAUGUACUUACAAAAAAGAGUACAUUAAAUGAAGAAGAAUUUGAGGAGAAACAAAUACUUAAAAAUAUUUUUCAAACAACCUUAUCUAUUAUUGAAGAGAGAUCUAUACAAUUUUGUUAUACAUCAUUAAGUGAAAAGAAAAAAGAAUUAUUUAAUCUUCUCUCAAAUUAG